GAGCUUAAUUAGGGGUUUGAUGGAGAAUGUUCCUUUUCAUUAAGAGUAAAAAUUCUUUCUUCUUUUUCUUUUCUCUUUUUGAUAUGAGUGUCGAGGAACAAAUAAAUAAAGCUAAAAGCUCACUAAGCACAGCCUUAGAAAGAGACAAUACACAAGCGUGUUUAGAGAUAUUAGAUACAUUAAGCAAGAUACAAGUGAGUGGUGAAUUGCUCAAGAAAACAGAUAUUGGUAAAGUAAUUGGAAAACUAAGAACGCAUAAAGACCCAAAAGUAUCUGUCAAAGCAAAAACAGUGGUCAAGAAAUGGAAAGAUGAUGUCGUUCGCCAAUCUUCUUCUCAACCACCUGCCAAUAAGCCACCUUCUUUAUCUGUCGAACCACCUAAGCGUAUCUCACCUGCUUCUUCUCAAGCUUCUUCACCAAAAACACCUUCUUCUGUCGAUGGUCCUCCUCGCACAAUUAAAUCCGACGAAGUGACUUUUAAAUCCACAGGCAGUGUGCCUCGUAACAAGACCAUUGAACUCGUGUAUGCUUCCAUUGGGUUUGGUAGUGGUGCAGAUUCCGAAUUAUUACUGAAGCGUGCUAUUGCCAUUGAAAAGACAAUUUAUUUGGAAUUUGGUGAUAUCAAUCAAGACUAUAAAAACAAAGUACGUUCAUUGGCGCUCAAUUUAAAGAACAAGAGUAAUCCUGGAUUACGUGAAAGUGUUGUUAGUGGUGAAUUAGCAGUAGAAAAAUUAUGCAAAAUGAGUGUGGAAGCCAUGGCAUCAGAAGAAGCACAAGCGCGUGAUCGUAAAUUAGCUGAAGAAGCCCUGUUUAAGGCAAGAGGCGCUGAAUCAGCACAGGCAGAAACAGACAUGUUCAAAUGUGGCAAAUGUGGUGGUAGAAAGUGUACGUAUUUCCAGAUGCAAACUAGAAGUGCAGAUGAACCUAUGACAACAUUUGUUACUUGUGUCAAUUGUGGUAAUCAUUGGAAGUUUUGUUAGUAUAUAUACAUGAAUAAAAAUAGUGUAUUUUUGUUCAAAUCAUGAUUUGUAUUUUUAAGAAAGGGAAUAUUUUU